CAUCUAUUUAUUACUCGAAUAGGUUUCGGCCUUUGUGGAUAGACGAACCGAAGCCGAACCCGCCUAAAUUCAAUAUCCAGAGGAGUCCCAAAGACAUACAACAGAAAAUUAGCGCUCUGCGAUUGGAAGUCCGGUGGCGUCGCCGUCGUGCUUCUUUUGAAUCGUGUACCGACAAGAUAGGGAGGGAGGGAGGGAUAACAAUGGAUCCAUACUUUGGAGGAGGGAGCUGGUCUAUGAUCGCAAGCGUUCCAACCCACAGCAACGCCUCUACUCCCUCCAAUCAGGAUCUAUAUCUUCAGCAACAGCAGCAAUUUCACCAACAGCAGCAGCAGCAACAGCGUCUUCUAAUGCAACACCAGCAGACUCAACACCACCAGUCACUAGCCUCUCACUUCCCUCUCUUACAUUUGGUCGAGAAUUUAGCCGACGCUAUUGACAAUGGAACUCGUGAUCAGCACGUUGAUGCUCUGAUCAAUGACUUGAACAACCACUUUGAGAAGUGCCAUCAGCUCUUGAAUUCAGUUGCAGGAUCCAUUAGUACUCAGUCUAUGACUGUUGAGGAACAGAAGCGAGAGCUGAAGGAGAGUGAAAAAAUGCUGAAUCAAAGGAGGGAUCUGAUUGAUAAUUACCCAAGCUCUGUGGAAGACCUCAUCAAGAGUGAGCUAUAACUGCUUUUCACCAGAGUUGCAUGGGGGUGAGAACAUUCUUUUUUAAGGGAGACCCACAGGAAUUACAAUCACAAUCGCUGAAGUUGGUUAGUGUACUUCCAAUGGUUUUACUUAUACAAAAUCUCAGUUUACAGCUAUGUGUAACUUGAUAAGUUCUAUUCAGUUCUUAAUAAAGUCUCUGUUCAAUCUUCAUUGAUCUACAUCCUAAUUGGAUAAUACAUUUGUUUUGGUAGAUAAUAAAGUUAUUUUGGAAUU